AUGGCUGGCAUAGGCGAGGAAAAUCACAAGAAGCGCAAGCUCCCAGAGGUCUCCGAGAUCGAGAUCGAUGUUUCUGCACCGGAACCUCCCUCAAAGAAGGCUCUGCGAAAGCUGAAGAAGAAGGCCGCAGAAGGCCCCUCGGAUACCACUACGGAGAAGAAAACAGAGGGGACUCCUGCAGACAAUGACAACGCUGCCACUCAGAAGCGGUCCGAGUAUGGCGUCUGGAUCGGAAACCUGCCAUUUUUCGCGACGAAAGAUGACGUGCGCAAGUUCUUUACGACCAACUGCUCCUUUGCAGAUACGACCAUCACGAGAAUUCACAUGCCCAAGUCUGGUGAUAAGCAUGGAAAAGCCCAGAACAAAGGUUUUGCUUACGUCGAUUUCUCCACGCAGAAGGCCUCCCAGGAGGCAAUGGGCCUCAGUGAACAGCUUCUCUCCGGACGUCGCGUGCUCAUCAAAGAUGCAAAGAAUUUCUCCGGAAGGCCAGAGAAGCCUAAAGGAGAGGGUCAGAACGCAAGUUCGGGUGCAGCAUCUGGAAAUCCCCCGUCAAAGCGGAUAUUUGUCGGCAACCUCGGCUUCGACGCUACGAAGGAACUUAUCGAAGAGCACUUUUCCCAAUGCGGGACUAUCGCAAACGUACAUGUGGCCACAUUCCAAGACUCCGGCAAAUGCAAGGGUUAUGCUUGGGUAGUGUUUGAGGAUCUUGCAGCAGCCGAAGCAGCGGUGAAGGGCUACGUGCUGGUCAAAGAGGAGGAUGAAGAGGAAGAAGAGUCCGACGCCGAAAGCCGCAAAAAGUCUAAGAAACCGCGACAGAAGAGAGUGUGGGUGAACAACCUGCUCGGUAGGCGGAUGCGCAUGGAAUUUGCCGAAGAUGCCACGACGCGCUAUAAGAAGCGAUUCGGUAAGGACGGCGAAGGCAAGAAGAACGAUACCGCAGACAUCAGCGAGGUUGGGCCUGCAGAGCACGAUUCGACGGGUGAGCAGCCUCGCCAGUCGCGACCGGGCAAGGCUAGGCAAGGAAAGCCGGAGUAUACCAGAUACGAUCAAGAUACUGUCCAGAAGCUCAGUGGAGCCAUUGUUGAAGGUCAAGGAAAGAAGAUCACCUUUGAUUAA